CCCGCCGCGUCUGGAUCGCGCCGGCUGCGAAACGCUGUUGGCUGCCCACUCUGGGAGGCUGGGGCGGAGGAUCGAGCAGAGUCCGCGCCCGGCGCUCGGGACGAGGAGGAGUCGGACCUUUGCCGCCGCCGCCGCCGUCCGCGCCCGGCCGGGCUAUUAGCAAAAGAUGGUGGAUCGCUUGGCAAACAGUGAAGCAAAUACUAGACGUAUAAAUAUAGUAGAAAACUGUUUUGGAGCAGCUGGCCAACCCUUAACUAUACCUGGUCGGGUUCUUAUUGGAGAAGGAGUAUUGACUAAGUUAUGCAGAAAAAAGCCCAAAGCAAGGCAGUUUUUCUUAUUUAAUGAUAUUCUUGUAUAUGGCAAUAUUGUCAUCCAGAAGAAAAAAUACAACAAACAGCAUAUUAUUCCCCUGGAAAAUGUCACAAUUGAUUCCAUCAAAGAUGAGGGAGAUUUGAGGAAUGGAUGGCUGAUCAAGACACCAACGAAAUCAUUUGCUGUUUAUGCUGCCACUGCCACUGAAAAAUCAGAAUGGAUGAAUCACAUAAAUAAAUGUGUCACUGAUUUACUCUCCAAAAGUGGGAAGACACCCAGUAAUGAACAUGCUGCUGUCUGGGUUCCUGACUCUGAGGCAACUGUAUGUAUGCGUUGUCAGAAAGCAAAAUUCACACCUGUUAAUCGUCGUCACCAUUGCCGCAAAUGUGGUUUUGUUGUCUGUGGGCCCUGCUCUGAAAAGAGGUUUCUUCUUCCCAGCCAGUCCUCUAAGCCUGUGCGGAUUUGUGACUUCUGCUAUGACCUGCUUUCUACUGGGGACAUGGCCACGUGCCAGCCCACUAGAUCGGACUCCUACAGUCAGUCAUUGAAAUCUCCAUUAAAUGAUGUAUCUGAUGAUGAUGAUGAUGAUGAUAGCAGUGACUAAGGACAUAUUUUGACAUAUUUAAUCCGGUGUGACUUUCUGAGAAAUUAGCUCUGGGGGGAAUGUGAAAUUCUGAGCUUUCUCUCAGUUUUGCUCUAGCCAUGAAUUUGCCUGAGAAACUUUUAACCUAUGUGCCUCAGUAUAUUCUAUAGAAAAUAGGUCCUGAUAUCAUCCACCCCCACCGCCCCUCAGCUGCUGCCACUCUCUUCUCACCUCUCCCAGCUCCCUAGUCUUCUGCAGGGAUAGGCUAUUGCAAAUAUAUCAGAUAAAUUUUUGGUUUCUUCUUCUUGUUUUAAUUCUAGACUAUUUUCUUGGAUGGUUGGGAAAAGAUGUUUAUUUAACAUAUCAUGUACUACAUUGUUGUUUAUGUUCUGUUACAUGUAAAAACUAAAAGCAAAGAAUGAUGGAAAAAGGAGUAUGAUGGGGUUAGUUAGUAAUAAUUAUUAGCUUAUUUCUAACCAUCCUAUCUAAAGGUUAAGACACCAGUAACAGAAAUACAUGCUUUGGAAAUACUUUGGCUUUUUCAUAUACCAGGUGGUGCCUUAUCAUAAUAGCACUGUUGCAUGAAAUAAGCCCCUACCUUCUCACUUUUUAUUAGUUUGUUUUAAAUAUACACUGGUGCUCUUUGAGGUGAAAAAAUGAGUGUUAUAAAUGGGUGUAAUUAGAAAAUACUCCUCAUUUGACAGCUACAGAUAAGUAAAUUUGGAGGUUCUUCAUUCUAUAUGAAUAAAUAUUUUUCCAUAAAAUAGUUGUGACUAUAUUUUUACUUUUUAUAGGUGCCAAAUUGUAAUUGUCAUUCUUAAGAAUUGGGUUUGAAAUUUGUCAUAGAAUUGUCAUCGCAUUAUUUCUACUUUUAGUAAGACGUUUGUAGCUGUAAAUUCAUCUACUUUAACAUUUCUAGAAUGAAAAAUCUUAUAAAACAUACUGAAAUUAAACAAUCUCUUUUACAAAAAAUCUUACAGAGCAUAGAUCUGCUUUGGCUGAAGAUUUGGGAAGAAAUAAUGUAUGAGAAUAGUCAAGACAGACCAGUCAAGUUUGAGUGGACUUCAUAUUUAUGGAAGAAUUGUCUAUUUCAGUGUGAAAUUAUCUUGAAUUUACAAAUAUAGUGUUAAUUUUAUAAAGUUUUGUAAAGUCCCAAGCAAUAUUUCUAUUUUUGUAAAACAAUUGUAUGUUUAAUCUGUUUCUGAAAUCAUUUUGCAAUCUACAGAAAUAGAGUAGCAAUUGAUCUUUCUAAAUUGCAGACUUUACUGAGUCAUUCUAGAUUGCUUUUAAGAAGGGGUAAUUUUUCACUCUUUGCUUUUGAGGCAGCCAUUAGGUUGAAAGUAUAUUUAUCGUAUAAAACUUGAUGCAUUUUGCACUACUCUCUCCAUUUGUAUGCUGCAAAUAACUAUAGUCUUUCACAUAUGAAAAAUCAGUCUGAAGUUUGUUUCAAAUUCUAAAUUCUUUUGUUUUAAAAUCUUUAAAUCUGGAUAUAUUACAAAUGUCAUGAGAGGUUUGAUUUAAUAACUUGCGAAGGAGGAUUCUUUGGUUUGGUUAAGGCACUAACUUUACUUUUAAAUUGUGAAAGCACCUGAGAUACAUAGAUCUCCCUGUAGGAAAUGUGAAAGAAAGGCACAACAGGUUUUUUUUCUUUGUUUUAAUAUCAUUUGGACUUGUGUUUCUAAGCAAUAUUUACAUAGAGUCAAUAAACAUAUUUGAAAAGGACCAUGAAACCUGAGAAGUGCUAAUGGAGACUUGCUGGUACAUAGGAACCUAGCAGAUUCUGGAACCAAGGGGAAAUGUUCUGAGAUAACAUUGUAUUGUCAACCUCUAUUGACUCUGUUUUUACAAUAAAAAAUAUUUUACAACUUA